UCUCGAAAACUAAGCUCGAGAUCUAUACAUCGCAAAUAUUCAUCUUGUGAAUUAAUCUUGGAAAGUUUAAAGUAUCUACUAAGUGGUGUUAGAAUUACAGGUUUUUUAGUGUUUUAAUUGUUAGCAUUUCUGUUGUUAUUAGGCAACGAUUAAAUAUUAAUAACAUGCAACAUUAUCGACAAAAUAUAGAUCUUUGUCUUUUCAAACUAAAAAAACAAAUGCAUGUUGUCUUUGCAAUCAUUUUACCAGCUAUAUUUUUGUAGCUUCACAUUAUGGAAAUUAGAAAUCAGAAGGAAAUCAUAUUGAAUACGAUUUUAUCACCUUUACUUGCAGUUAGAACGUCCCACUUCGGUUCAAUUUGGCUUUCUGUUAUCACUGCAUUCGAACUGAAAACCCACAGAUCUUAUCAAAUCGUCAAAUCGACCCUAAGAUGAAACAUUAAAGAUUGCAUUAUUCCUCAAACAGGGUUUCCAAGAAAGAGAUUUGCAAACGUAAGAUCAAGAUGGCCGGUCUUUAGAAUGGUCAGCAGCAAAAUGAGUAAGGCGGAAGGUUUGCAAAGAAACCUGGUUGGUCGUUUGGUUGCCGUUAACACCUCCUGUACAACAUUUCAACCAUAUUUUCACAAAGGUCACUGAAAAAAUGACUUGUUUUAGCAAUUCGCCAUGGAUUUGAAGGAGUCGCUGCUCUGUUAGUUGAAAGCAAACUUUGGAACAUGGCGCAGAACCAAAAUCGCCACAAGACGCCAAGAAUGGCAACGAUUGCUAUGGAGGUGCUUGCGGAGAGUAGAGAAGAAGCCAAAGAUCUAGUGUACUAUGAUGCCCUUAAACGGGUCACUGAAUCCACUAAGGAGGAACAAUUAAGUGAUGAGAGACGAGGAAGUAACGACGACGAACUCUCACCUCUCGGRAUACAAAUUCUCCCGUCGCCUCCCCUGUGGAAAUCACUGUCACAGCAGAUACUAGCUUUGAUUCUUAAGGGAAGCCGGUUUUCUCUAGAUCCAGAAGGAACUCCWUACUACGCAUGGGCGGGCGUCACUACUGUAGCUGUUUUCUAUAAUUUGCUCUUUAUCAUCCUAAGRAUUGCUUUUGUUGAGGUUCGCUUUGAGGUGAUAUUUUGUUGUAUUCUUUGGCCGUUGGAUUUCAUCACUGAUAUCUUGUAUWUGCUUGAUAUUGGAAUACAAUUAAAGAAAGCUUAUAGAGAUGAUCAUGGUAUAAUGAUUAACGAUCCAAGAAAGAUGGCGGUUAAUUACUGUAGUACAACGUUUUUUGUUGCUGAUUUGCUAUCGAUAUUGCCGUCAGAAACAAUCGGUUUCAUUCUUUCAGGAGAAAACUCACCAGUUUUYCGGAUUCCUCGUUUAUUCAAGCUUCAUUUCGUAUUGGGAUUUUUUGAGAUCAGCGAUCUUCGAACCAGUAAACCUAACCGUCUGCGGGCCUUCAAACUAAUACUUUACCUUGGAAUUGCCAUGCAUUGGGUUGCCUGUGUAUAUUACAUGAUAUCAGAGUACGAAGGACUGGGUUCCAAUAGCUGGGUUUAUCCARAGCCUGCUGGUAAAGAUGGUAGACUGACCAGAAAAUACAUUAAGUCGCUGUACUGGUCGAUUCUUACCCUAACUACCAUAGGAGAAACACCCGAACCAAUUACUAAUUUGGAACACCUGUUUACUGGGUUCAUGUUUCUGCUCGGUAUUUUCGUGUUCGCUGCUGUGGUCGGAAACGUUGGUGACGUCAUAAGUAACAUGAAYGCGUCAAGGAUGGAUUUCCAAAUCAAAAUGGAUUACAUCAARUGGUUCAUGGAACACCAUGGCGUUCCUGUUAGCGUGCAAGAACGAACUAAGAGAUGGGCUUACUAUGCAUGGAGCAGAUCCCAUGCCCUCCACGAAGGUGAUGCUAUGGCUUUGCUUCCACAAAGACUAAGGGCUGAAAUAGCCAUUCAUGUACACCUUGCAACACUAAAAAAGGUGAAGAUAUUCAAGGACUGUGACGAAGGCUUGCUUUGUGAAUUGGUGCUGAAAUUGCGUCAACAGAUUUUCUCACCCGGUGAUUAUAUCUGCAGGUGUAGAGAAAUAGGAAGGGAGAUGUACAUCAUCAAUCGUGGAAAAGUCGAGGUUAUUGUUCCUGAYGCCACUACAGGAGAGCAAGUUGUAGUCGCAAGUUUAUCAGAAGGAAACUACUUUGGUGAGAUCAGUCUCUUGAGACUGGAUGGAGGGCGGAACAGACGGUCUGCCGACGUACGUUCUGUUGGUUAUUCAGAAUUACUUUGUCUAUCACAAAGAGACCUAAUGGAGGCAUUGGAAGAAUAUCCUGAGGCAAAAACYGUCCUUGAAUCUCAAGGGAGGGACAGAUUACAAAGAACAAAAUCUGAGGCGCUAAAAAUUCCACUUGUGAAGGCCGAUCCAGUUGAAAAACAACAGGAGCAACAGCUGAACUUCGUGAGAGAAAUUAAAGAAAUCCGUGAAUCUAUGACAGCCCUGGAACAAGCUAUCGGCACAAAAAAUUCUGGGCAACUACAUGAAAAAUUAAAUAAGUUACAAGAGCGAAUUACUAAAUUAAAUCCUUCAAAUUAUCAAGAAAGUGAAGAAGAUCCCUUAUUAACUAAUGAAAAAUCAUCUCAAUUGACUUCUUCAACCAGUCAGGAACCGGAUCAGGUUGAAAAACGAACAAAUCGAUUGGCUGUUGWCACACCCAGCCAAUCACCAUCMAGAAUAAAUAURUCACAUGACCGCGAGACACAUGGUAGUUUCCACAACCAAUCAAAUGUCACAUCUCCAAUGGAGUCAACRAACCAGUAUGGCAGAUUGCUGAAGAAGAUCAUGAAGGUGGCAAAGGAAGCAGCCAUUGAAAGAGAAAACUCCGAGAAAACACAAGAUAAACUCAAAAAGCCUGCAUCAACACCAAAGAAUCAAGAAAUUGAGCAAACAAAAGAAARCUCACAAUUGCGCAAAAACUGUCGCUUUAGACCGCUGACCAGGCGAAGUAAGAGCCUGCUAUUGACUAAAGUAUGCCUAACACCCAAGAUAACUUUAGAUAAUGAUAUUGAUGGUGAAUGCUGUCUACAUCCACCACGAAGAUACUCAAUAACACUACCUGUUGAAAACAAAGAUGCUUUGGUAUAAACAUACUUUUAUYAGAAUUAGAUUAUUUAUUGAUGUUAUUUUUUAUAUAUUUUAGUAUAUUUAUUAUGAAUUUUCAAUUUUGUUAUGAAAGUAUGUGCUGAACGCACACGUUAUUUAUUAAUAAUUUGUAAAUAAAUUGAUCAGUUAGUGUUUAUACUCA